GCUUCACUUGUCUUCUGGAAUUAGCCUUCAGUUUUGGUGGUAUUCAACCUUCAGGUUUUGCUUGUCUUCUAGAAUUAGUCUUUGGUUUUGUUUUCUUUAUGUUCAACCUUCAGACUGGUUUCACUUGUCUUCUUGGAAUUAGGCUUCCUGUUUUUGCGAUCUUGGCUUCUUAG